CAUGGCUGGCUACCUCUAGCAAAGAAAACUAUGUUUUACAAGCAUCUGAUGUUUUUGUAGCAGGUGUAAUUUUAUCAAGUUGCUUAUAAUGCAGAGCACCUGCUUUUUACCUUUACCUAUUCAUGCAAUAUUGCUGUUUAAGGCUUAUUUGAUAUAAGUUCAAAAAGAUUAAUUAUGUCUGGAAUGCAGAUUUUUGCUUUGAUAUUUUGCAUUUCCGGCACUGGGGCUGUAAUUGGGGCAGUUGUGUCUAAUGAAUGGAAAGUGACCAGCAGAGCUAGCUCGGUGAUUACAGCCACUUGGGUUUUCCAGGGGUUGUGGAUGAAUUGUGCAGGGAAUGCCCUUGGUUCAUACCACUGCCGACCUCACCUAACCAUCUUCCGGGUAGAAGGAUUUUUGCAAGCAUGUAGAGCACUUAUGAUCACAUCCAUUUGUCUGGGAUUCUUUGGGACCAUAUGUGCAUUUGCUGGCAUGAAAUGUACAAGAAUUGGUGGGAAUAACUACAUGAAAGCUAAAAUUGUCUGCUUAGCAGGAAUCCUUUCGAUACUUUCAGGUACUUGCUCCUUGGCUGGUUGCUCUCUGUAUGCUCAUAAGACCACUUCUGAAUACUUUGACCCUACCAUUGUAACCGCAAAGUAUGAGCUGGGGACAGCUCUGUUUAUUGGUUGGGCUGGAUCUGUCCUUUGCCUAGUUGGAGGAUUGAUUUUUUGCUGUACAUUUCCAUUUGAAAAUGUUACCCAAAGGUCAGGUUAUCGAUAUGCCACAGCUUCAGCCAAUUCCAUCCACUCACUGACAAAAAUAAAAGCACCAUCAAAACUCAUGCAUCGUGAUGAACUGUCACAAACCUAUAACAAAAAUUCUUAUGUAUAAAUGUAAAAGCGGCUACUUCCAGCAGUACAAACUUCUAGAAAACAAUGGUAUUAUUGUUUUAUGUCAGUACCAGCACAUCUAUUUCUUUGCUGAUAAUGCCUCACUCCAGUAAAUUUUUAGCAUUGUCUGCCUUCUGGAUGGUUAUGUGUGUGUGUGUGUGUGUGUAUAUAUAUAUAUAAAAAAAUUAAUGUGUGAAAAUAAGAUUGUAUUGACA